AUGUCUGCUCCAUCAGAACCAAAAGGUGAUAUCGGUUUAAUCGGUUUAGCCGUUAUGGGUCAAAAUUUGAUCUUAAAUGCUGCUGAUCAUGGUUAUACUGUAGUUGCUUAUAAUAGAACUACUUCAAAAGUUGAUCAUUUUUUAGCAAAUGAAGCUAAAGGUAAAUCAAUUAUUGGUGUUCAUUCAGUUAAAGAAUUAGUUGAAAAUUUAAAAAGACCAAGAAGAAUAAUGUUAUUAGUUAAAGCUGGUGAUGCAGUUGAUAAUUUCAUUGGUCAAUUAUUACCAUAUUUAGAUAAAGGAGAUAUAAUUAUUGAUGGUGGUAAUUCACAUUUCCCAGAUUCAAAUAGAAGAUUUGAAGAAUUAAAAGCAAAAGGAAUAUUAUUUGUUGGUUCAGGUGUUUCAGGUGGUGAAGAAGGUGCUAGAACUGGUCCUUCAUUAAUGCCAGGUGGAAAUGAAGAAGCUUGGCCACAUAUUAAAAAUAUUUUCCAAGAUAUUGCUGCUAAAUCAGAUGGUGAACCAUGUUGUGAUUGGGUUGGUGAUGCAGGAGCUGGUCAUUAUGUUAAAAUGGUUCAUAAUGGUAUUGAAUAUGGUGAUAUGCAAUUGAUUUGUGAAGCUUAUGAUGUUUUAAAAAGAGUUGGUAAAUUUACUGAUAAAGAAUGUGCUGAUGUUUUCACUAAAUGGAAUACAGGUGUUUUAGAUUCUUUCUUAAUUGAAAUUACAAGAGAUAUUUUAAAAUUUGAUGAUCCAACUGAUGGUCAACCAGUUGUUGAAAAAAUUUUGGAUACUGCUGGUCAAAAAGGUACAGGUAAAUGGACUGCUGUUAACGCUUUAGAUUUAGGUGUUCCAGUUACUUUAAUUGGUGAAGCUGUUUUUGCAAGAUGUCUUUCAGCAUUAAAAGCUGAAAGAGUUAAAGCUUCAAAAAUUUUAGAUGGUCCAGAAGUUACUAAAUCACCAAUUGAUGAAAAAGAUAGACAAAAAUUUGUUGAUGAUUUAGAACAAGCUUUAUAUGCUUCAAAAAUUAUUUCAUAUGCUCAAGGUUUCAUGUUAAUGAAUCAAGCUGCUAAAGAUUAUAACUGGAAAUUAAAUAAUGCUGGUAUUGCUUUAAUGUGGAGAGGUGGAUGUAUUAUUAGAUCAGUUUUCUUAAAAGAAAUUACUGCUGCUUAUAGAGAAAAUCCAAACUUAGAUAAUUUAUUAUUCCAUCCUUUCUUUAAAGAUGCUAUAACUAAAGCUCAAACUGGUUGGAGAUCAGCUGUAUCUCAUGCUAUUACUUGGGGUGUUCCAACACCAGCUUUUUCAACUGCUUUAGCAUUUUAUGAUGGUUUAAGAUCUGAAAAAUUACCAGCUAAUUUAUUACAAGCUCAAAGAGAUUAUUUCGGUGCUCAUACUUUCCAAGUUGCUCCAGGUAAAGAAACUAAAUUCUUACCAGCUGGUCAAUGGGUUCAUGUUAAUUGGACUGGUAAAGGUGGUAAUGUUUCAGCUUCUACUUAUGAUGCUUAA